CAGGCUGUUUGAGUCGUUCAAUCGGUGAAUUUUUGUGCAUUUCCACACAUUUCAGUCAUUAUCCAGGAUCAGUAGUAGUCUUACAGUGUUGGCAAACAUGCCGUUCAAGUCGCGCUGGCAGAUUGACAUCCCCAAUACCCAUCUGGCCUCGGCUUUGCUGACUUCGCCGACUCACCCCCUCUCCAAGACGCACCGCUGCUUCUCCGAGGCUGCUCGUCCCGACACACACUACUUCACCCCUCACGUUUUCCGUCUAUGGUGUCAACGUUUUGCAGCAGGCUUGCGCAAGCAUGGCCUACAGCCGGGUGACCGUCUACUACUUUACUCCGGCAAUGACUUAUUCUUCCCCGUCGUCUUUCUUGGCACCAUCAUGGCUGGCGGCAUCUUCACCGGCGCAAACCCAUCCUACGUCGCUCGGGAACUAGCCUAUCAGUUGCAGGAUUCCGGUGCAACCUAUCUGAUCUGCGCCGAAGGCAGUCUGGACACAGGAAUCGAAGCCGCGGGACUGGCUGGCCUCAACCGCGAUCGGGUGUUUGUCUUUAGUAAUGCCAUAUAUGAUGGCCAAGGAGGUGCUGUCAAGGGCUGCCGCUACUGGGGGGACCUGAUAGCGUCUGAGGACGAAGGUAGCGGAUUCGCAUGGGAUGACUUGUCCAGCGCGGAGUUGGCCGAUCGGACUCUCGCCUUGAACUACUCCAGUGGCACCACUGGCAGACCCAAAGGGGUAGAGAUCACGCACAAGAACUAUGUUGCCAACCUCAGACAGUUCAACCACCUCUCCUACCUCAAUCCGGAUUGGAAGGACAAGCAGACUCGCACGCGCUGGCUCUGUUUCCUUCCCAUGUAUCACGCCAUGGCACAGAACAUCUUCAUCGCGUCCGCCCUAAGUCGCGAUAUACCCGUGUAUAUCAUGCCCAAGUUUGACUUUCUCAAAGUCCUCGAGUACACGGAGAAGUUCCGCAUCAGCGAUCUCAUCCUGGUUCCACCGGUGGCGGUGGCACUGGCCAAGCAUCCUGCAGUCAGAAGCGGCCAAUACGAUCUGAGUAGCGUGGAAAGCGUAUCCUGCGGCGCGGCACCUCUAGGGAGGGAAGUUUGUGUGGAGGUAGAAGCAUUGUGGGAACCUGGACGCAUCAACGUCAAACAGGGAUGGGGCAUGACCGAGGCUACGUGCUCUAUGAUGGGCUGGGACCCCAAUGAGAUAAGCGAAUCGGCGUCAGUAGGAGAGCCAAAUCCAAACUGCGAGGCGAAGAUCAUGGCCGACGAUGGCGUGACAGAAUUAGGACGCAAUCAGCGCGGUGAACUCUGGGUCCGAGGUCAAAAUGUCAUGAAGGGCUACUGGAGGAAUCCGCAAGCCACAAGGGAGACCAAGACGGCGGAUGGAUGGCUGAAGACAGGAGACAUCGCUUAUGUCGACGACAGUAACAAGUUCCACAUAGUCGACCGAAAGAAGGAGUUAAUCAAAGUCAAAGGCAACCAGGUCGCACCGGCUGAACUGGAAGCUCUUCUGUUGGAGCAUCCCGGAGUGGCCGAUGCUGCAGUCAUUGGCGUUCCACGGAAUGACGACGAGAGUCCCCGGGCCUAUAUUGUACUAAAAUCCGGACAAACCGCCACCGAGAAAGAUAUUGUGGCAUUCAUGGAUGGCAAAGUGUCUGCGAUCAAAAGACUUACCGGAGGAGUGGUGUUCCUUGAUGCGAUCCCGAAGAAUCCUUCAGGAAAGAUCUUGCGCAAGGCGCUGCGCGAUCGCGCUAAGGAGGAGAUGCAGAAGGAUACUGUCGCCGCUAAACUGUAGACGAAUCCGCGGGGCCCUUCAUUACAUGCCGCACUUGCCCCAGGACGCCA